AUGAGGCUCCAGUUCCUUUCCCUUUUCAUUCUUUUGGUCACUCUGGAGCUUAUCACCAUUUAUGAUCUCUCAGCACAAGGAAAUGUGGUAAAAAAUUCAUUAAAAUCCUUACCCCCUGAAGCCUUGUUGUCUACUGGUCACUAUCAAACAACUUGCCCAGAUGCUGAAGGCAUUAUCUCACAAAAGCUUGCUGCUUGGGUUAAGAAGGACCCCACCUUGGCUCCUUCCAUCAUCCGUCUACAUUUCCAUGAUUGUGCCAUAAGAGGAUGCGAUGGAUCAAUUUUGCUUAACCAUUCAGGGAGUGAGAGGACAGCCUUUGAGAGCAGAACCCUGAGAGGCUUCCAAAUGAUUGAUGACAUAAAGGGUGAGUUAGAGAGAAGGUGUCCAAGAACAGUCUCAUGUGCUGACAUUCUCACUGCUGCUGCAAGAGAUGCCACUCUUAUAGCUGGAGGACCAUUCUGGGAAGUCCCAUUUGGCCGAAAAGAUGGGAGAAUUUCCUUAGCCAAAGAAGCUAAUUUGGUUCCUCAUGGUCAUGAAAACAUCACAUCUUUGAUUUCAUUUUUUCAAGAAAGAGGGUUAGACAUGCUUGAUUUGGUUACUCUCUCAGGAUCACACACAAUUGGGAGGACUACUUGUUAUUCUUUUAUGGAUAGAAUAAACAAUUUUAAUGGCACUGGAAAGCCUGAUCCAUCACUCAAUGUCUAUUACUUGAGGUUGUUGAGGAAAAGAUGUAAAGGGGUGUUGGAUUUGGUGUACCUUGAUGUCAUAACACCAAGGAGUUUUGACACAACAUAUUACACAAACCUUAAGAGGAAGGUUGGGUUGUUAUCAACAGACCAAUCACUAUUUUCAGAUGCAAGGACAGCCCCUUUUGUUGAAGCAUUUGCUACCCAACCUUUUCUUUUCACAAGCCAGUUUGCAGUGUCAAUGGUUAAGCUUGGGAAUGUUCAAGUUUUGACUAGGCCUAAUGAGGGUGAAAUCAGAGUUAAUUGCAAUUAUGUCAAUUAA